AUGCUGCAGCGGUCUGCAGUGUAUUUGGACGUGCUUGUGAGUGCUCUUCGCGCACGCAAGCUUCUUCACGAGGCUGCAAUGCCUCUUCACUCAGAUGAAUUUGUAAGACGUGUCUCGGUUGAUUGGAAGGCAUUGGUAUCCAAGCUUGAAACCACGAUCCCUCUUCAAUCCACCACGCAUUUAUCUGUGUGUCGCAAUGGAGACCAGGCAAUUACGAGAAAUCUUGGCUCAAUAUAUAUCAGGCGCGUCAUUAUUCCAUUUUUGCUGUUCCAUUCGUACAUCCAACGGGUUCGCCCCUCAUCUGCUUCAGAGCCGAGUGGGCCUCACCUUCAUUUUAAGCUUAUCGAGUUCAACGGGGGUCAAACGAUUAUUCCAGAGCAUUUUGAGCGACUACAGCAGCCAUCUUAUGGCUCUUUUUAUGAAAGUGCAUAUCCAAGAUCCAUACCUCUUUGCUGGGUCUCUUUGCUCCACAAGAAUGCUGCCCUUACAAUUUCGCCAUUGGAUGAUACACCGAGGGCCCCAACAUUUCCAGAAAAGCGCCCAAUGUUAAAGGAUCGCUUUGCAUACUACUAUGUUCGAACGACAGCCGAAAUGUCUACGAAAAAGCGGCAUAUGAUCAAGACUGGAAACAGACUGCGGAAAUACAAGGCAAAGAAGGCAUUGCGAAAGGAGCGUGCAAAGAUUCGGAUGGUUCAACUUAUCCGGAAAUCAUCAAAUACCGCCAGAAAUAUUUUGAGGAUGAAGCUGGGGGAGGAAAAGUACUCUCAGCUGCUUGCUUCUGCUACGUCCAAAAGCACAUGCAGUUCUAGUGCCAACAGCACUCGCUGA